AUGGAAACCCCUUCCCCUCUACAUUUCAAUGAACACUCCAGAACCACCAGAGAUGAAGCCGAGGGCAGGACUAAACGACUUUUUGACGAGGUCGUUAGAUGGGGCGUCCUUUUUAGAACCCACAGACCUGAUCAUGCAGAAGCCCAGAGCAUUGUGCCACGCCAAGUCAGCUUCGACUCCAUGCCAGAGUCCGGCCUUACAGACGAACAAAUUAUCCAUGAAUUUAGAUCUAUUAUUGCGAAGAGUACUAACUUGAGGUCUCGAGACUUUUUGGAAUUUCCUGAUGUUACUAUGUGCCCUGCUGCAGCUGGGGCAGCCCUUUUGAUACCACUUCUGAACCAAAACAUGGCAAACCCAGAGACUUGUCCGCCAGAAGCAACCUUUGUGGAGAUGGAAGUCAUACACUGGCUACGUGAGGCACUUGGCUAUCCUGUACUUGGAGCCUACACCAAAGCCAUGGAUGCCGGCGGAGGCUUCACGCCUAGGGGCUGUCUCUCAAAUUUUGUUGCGCUUUUGGCUGCGAGGGAAAAGUCUUUCCCUGGAUCACGCUUGAAUGGUAUUCCAGUGCUGCCGAGCAUGAUCCGUGUCUUGGUACCAGAAAUGGCAGAUAAUCACUCAAUACGCUCAGCCAUGAGCAUGAUGUCUCUUGGAGAGAAUAAUAUCGUACCCGUUCUCGUUGAUGCCGAGUUUCAUAUGGAUCAGAAGCCUUAA